AUGGCGGGGUGCAGGCGUUGGUUGGGGUUGAGGCGGGCGUUGGUUGUGGGGUUGGUUGUGGUGGUCUUGGUCGCUCGCGUGGGGGUUGCGGCCGCCGGUGCAGAUGACGACGAUGACGUGGAUGGCAAUCAGUGCCAAAAUGUGACUUUUAAGCACGGCAACGUACGCUGCAAGUGCACCUGCCCCGUCGUGGCCACUACUCUGAACAGCACGGAGGGCCUCAAGGCCUCGAGCUGCGAUGUCAGCCGCAAAAACUACGACGCUGGCGACAAAACCGUGUGUGGAAAAGAAACCUGUGUAAGCUGCAUCAAUGACCGUGUGACCAAGACGGAGCGUGAGUGCUCCUACACCAUCGUCGUUUCAGACGAGUCGCAGUGCUCUUGCCAGAACGUCAUGCCGAGCAAUCAAGGCCCCAACGUGACGGAUGCCACGGCUUCCAUGUGUGAUCUAUGCACGUGUACGUACGAGGCCCGCAACACACACCUUAUCAAGGGCACGGUCAUCUCCUUCAUGGUCGUGGCCAGUCUUUUGGUGUUGGUGGCUUGUAUCAAUGCCUUGCCACGUCGUCGUCAGAUGCCCCUGGUCUUGAUGCCUCGCCUUUCCAAACCGGCCCCUUUUCUUUCAUUGGGCCUAUUCUUCAAGAUUUGGUGGGUCUCUUUCGAUUCAAUCCACAUCGAGAUGUUGUUCAUGUAUUGCCGUCGACGAGACUGCCCCGAGACAGAUGAUGCAGUCCAGAACGUUGAGCAGACGCACACUCUGGCCAUCAUCGCCAAGCGGCGGGAUGAGCUGUGCCGGUACGCCAGAGAGGACCCGCGUCUCGCCACGGCUACCCUGCUCACCUACGUCGACUUGUCCGAAGCCAAAAAUUGGCGCAGCCUUGAUAUCCGUCACCAUGAACGCUUGCGGCUGGUCUACCUGGUUGGGCGAAUGGGUUUGAAGAAACCGUUGGAAGUUAUAAUUCCAGCUCUGGCUGAUCGGGAUCUCCAGUUACAAACCAUGCACCAGUACUAUACCGAAAUCACCGACCCUAACAGCGAGCUCAAUACGCCCAUUCAGAGCUUUGUGCUGGGUAUCAUGGCCGACGACUCGACUGUGGUCUACUAUCGCUUCUCCCAAGGCCUACAGGCCCCGCCUGAGAGCUUGAUUAUGCAAGCCACAGCCGACGACGACUAG